AGGCACAAUCGGUACCGAUUUCCAACACAGACGAGUUUUAAAAAGUAUUUUAAUCUAGAAUGUCUGAUAACGCGAUAAAACUAACUACACGCGGUUCUCAUCAAGUGUUAUAGUGAUUCGCCUCAGAUUUACCAUUUACCAUCCAUUAGUUUUGGUUUUGUUUUCGUAAAAUCCUAAUUGCAACACCAGAAAGAAAAAUCUUUUUUUUUUCAUUGUUUUUGUCUCACCAAGGAAUUUUACAUAAUUACAAAGCGAUCAUUUAUCAAAGAGCAAUAGAAUAAAACCUUAUAAUAGUACAAGCAAAAUGAAAGUGGUUGCAUUAGUCAGCGGUGGAAAGGAUUCAACUUUCAAUAUGUUAUGCUGUCAAAGCGAGGGACAUGAGAUUGUUGCACUAGCAAAUUUACAUCCAGCAGAUAAAGAUGAACUUGAUUCGUUUAUGUAUCAAACUGUUGGUCAUAUGGGCAUCGAGAUGCUUGCAGAAGCCAUGGAACUUCCAUUAUAUCGGAAAACCACUUCCGGGUUGACAACGCAAAAAGGAAAAAUUUAUGAACCGACAGAGGACGAUGAAGUUGAAGAUUUGUAUGAGCUUUUAAAGCAAGUUAAAGACGAGAUGCAGAUUGAAGCAGUCUCUGUUGGUGCAAUUUUCUCUGAUUACCAACGUGUUCGAUGCGAGAAUGUAUGUUCACGAUUGAAUCUCACUUCGUUAGCCUAUUUAUGGCGACGAGACCAAGGCGAACUAUUACAAGAAAUGAUUGAUUGUCAACUUGAAGCUAUUAUAAUUAAAGUGGCAUCGUUGGGCUUAACGCCCGAGAGACACUUGGGAAAGUCAAUAAGAGAUAUGCAAGGACAUUUGUUGAAGAUGCACGAUAAAUACGGUGUCAACAUUUGUGGCGAAGGCGGUGAAUAUGAAACUUUUACUCUCGACUGUCCGCUCUUCAAAAAACGGAUCGUUAUUGACGAUCAUCAAGUUAUUAUAAGUUCAUCGGAUCCCGUUUGUCCUGUUGGCUACAUAAACUUUACAAAACUUCAUCUUGAAGCAAAAGAACCAUCGGACUUCAAAGAAUAUGUGAUAAAAAAUUCGUUGGACUUCAUCAAUGAACUUAAUUCUUCAUCCUACAGUGACCUGAGUGAUCCGGAUUUAACUGACACUGAGUUGGAAUUCAUUGAGAAAGAGAAUUUUGCAAAACAUUCAGGAAUGCCAAGUAGUCAUAGUGGAAGUCUUGCUGGGAAUUUCAGUCGCAGUCAAAGCAUGAACAUGACAAAAAACAACAGCUUAGAACAGGAAACUUUAGAAGAAAUGAAAUUCGAAUACGAACAGAAUCGUUUAGAGAAUCAACCUCAUGUUGUUUCAAACUCAAAAGGAUGGCAUUGGAUUUCUAGCAUUCAAGGUGAAGGAGAAACAACAAAAGAUGGAGUUGAGAAAGCGAUGAAUCAACUUGAAGAAAUCAUUCUGGAACAUUCAAUGAAGUUGAACGACAUCUGUUACAUCACAAUCUAUGUUCGCGACAUCAGUGAAUACUCAAUCUUGAAUGAUGUUUACAUCCAGAGAUUUAACUUCCAAAAUCCACCAACUCGUGUUUGUGUUGAAACGUGCCUACCACAUGGCUGUCAUAUAAUCAUGGAAGCGGUUGCAUUUAAGACCGGGCAUGUUAAAGAAACUGAUUACAAGCGACAUACAAUGCAUGUUCAAGGAAUUUCCCAUUGGGCACCAGCUAACAUCGGACCAUAUUCGCAAUCAACCAAAAUUGGUGAAAUCACUUACAUCAGUGGACAAAUUGGCUUGAUUCCUGGUAAUAUGAAAGUAAUCAGUGGUGGAAUAAAACAGGAAUGUAAAUUGAUACUUCGUCACAUCAAUCGAAUUGCCAAAGCAAUGAACUCACAUGGACAACUUCGUGAUGUUGUGCAAGGUAUUUGUUUUGUCACUCAUCCAAGCUAUAUCAGUGAAGCGAGGCGUCAAUGGGAAAGGCGAACAGCUAACGCGAUAAUGGAUUACAUAGUCGUGCCAGGUCUACCGAGAAAAGCGCUUGUCGAAUGGCAAGUUUGGAUUCACACGCACAACAAUAAGUUUGAAUAUGAAGAAACCGGAUGUUCUGUUGGCAAUCAAUACGUAAUUUCAAUUCGUCGCCGAUGGAAUUAUGAGAAUAAUUGUGCUGCUAUAAUCUGUUAUGUAUCAACAGGUCAAACAUCAUCUUCUACGAAACUUACUGAUAUGACCGAUGAAAUGAAGCAACGACAUGAAACGCUCAUGACUUCACUCAAUGAAAGUCAUUUGGAUGAAAUCAUGCAAUAUAAUUUGAGUAAAAUCAUGCAGGGAUAUCCAAAAACAACUGAAAAUGUUCCUGCUAUUCAUUUUCGAAUUUUUUAUCAAGUUAUGAAUCCAUCGCCAGCUAAUUUAAUAAUCAAGACAAUGAAGAGCUUUAAAGAUGCAACGAAGACAGCAAAUAUCGCUUUUACGGUGAUACCUUCGUGUUAUCUUCAGAAUUACGGAACAUUCAUCUCCAUAUGUGGUGUUCGUCACGAGUAGAAACAAUUUUUUAUAUUUACAUAAUUAAAUCUGUUGCUUUUCCUUAUUCUGUGUCCCUCACAUGUUCUUCUUUACACACAAUCUUCUUUAAAUUUAUCAUAAACAUUUUUUUAUUCAGUUUUAUGAGAAUUGUGGUCUUGGAUCAUCUUCUAAAGUUUGAUAUUUUGUUUUCAAAGAUCAACUCACGUUAUCCUGUUCAGACCAGCAUCUAAUAAAUGUUAGUAAUCCCCCUUAAAAAUCUUCUUACGCUUUUCGCUAUUUCUCAAUCGAUUGAAAUUGAAGUUUGUAAAACAGAAACACUUUUUUAAUUAAAAGAAAUUGCAACUUUAGAAGAUUUUUAAUUUUUUGACUUUUUAUCACUUUAACUUAAGUUUUUAGAUAAAAAAUGAAAUGAAUAUUUUUUGAUAUAAUGAAGUUUGUAACUUUUCAUUCUUCAAUUUUUAAUUAGCUUUUUAAAAGCAAAGUAAAGCUAAAGAUUAGAAAAAAAAUUUAAAGGAAAUUAAAGAGAAGAUUUUGUUAAGUUUCUGAUUGUUUU